AUGUCUAGUCCUAAGUAUAGCACACAGCAGGAUACAACUCAGCUGAGUGACUAUGCUCCCGACCAGCUGUCCAAUUUUGAGCUCUCAGAAUUCUUGACGUUCGAUGAAUGGAUAGAGUUAGAAGAUGCUCCAUCAUCUAUGGCUUCUGGGUCUGCCCACAAUCCGGUUUAUCGAGCGCAUGUUGUUGGCGAGUCAGCUGGAAGUAGCAGCCCUCGUGAAGAGCUAAGUGGUGGAGAGGGUGAAGGAGGACGAGAGAAGAAGGAAGCCAAAGAAAGGGUUGCAUUCAAAACAAAAUCGGAGAUUGAAAUACUAGAUGAUGGGUACAAGUGGAGGAAAUACGGCAAAAAGAUGGUGAAGAAUAGUCCAAACCCAAGGAAUUACUAUAGGUGCUCAGUUGAAGGCUGCCCCGUGAAGAAGAGAGUAGAAAGAGAUAGAGAUGAUCCAAGCUAUGUAAUAACAACCUACGAGGGCUUUCACACUCACCAAAGCUUUUCCUAG